AUGUUCAGUGUGUGGGUAUGCUUCUUUAUACCAGAAAUUUUUCUUGAACAAUUAAAUGAUCUUCAUCAUUUAUUAACUCGUUUACCACAAAUUGAAACAAUUCAUGUCGUUCUUCAAUAUGAAUCAUCAGAAUUUAAUCAUAAAAAAGAAUAUUCUCUUGUUGAAAGUCUUAUUGAAUUAAAUUUAUUAUCAUUAGGAUAUUCAUUUAAUUUCAAUGAACUUUUAUCUAUUUUAAAUCGAACAAUAAAUAUUGAAAAACUUUCCAUUAAAAUCGAUAAUACAGAUGAUUUUCAUUUAAUUAAUGGAAAUCAUUUCAAUUCUUUUCUAUCAUUAUUUCAUUUAAAACAAUUUAAUUAUUUAGUUAAUUAUACAUCAGAUUCUUCUAUUAAUCGAAAAGAAAUUCUUUCAACAUGGGAACAAUUUCCUCAACAAUUCGAUUGUCUUAUAAGUGAUGAUCAAAAUAAAAUUAUUCUAUAUACAAUACCUAUUAGUUUUUCACAUUUGGGUAUUAUGAGUACAUUCUUUAAGAAUUUAUUUUCUGUCAAGAAUUAUUUCGAUAAAAUUCAAUCUUUAUGUUUAUAUGGAGUACCAAAUUUAAUUUCUGAAGUAUUUCCCAUAUUAAUAAAAUGUAGAAAAGUUAAAUAUUUAGAUUUUCAAGGCAAUAAUGAACUUGUUUUAAAAUCUGGAAAAGAAAAUCGUUUAUGUAAACUUAUUCAUCUUACUCAUUUGUUAUUAAUACAAUCAUCAGUUGACUCAAAAUCUUUACAAGAAUUAUUACAAUCAUCACCUAAUCUGUUUGAUUUGAAUAUACAUUCCACAUCUCUUCAUUCAUUACUCGAACAACAAUCGAUUUGUCAUUUGUUCGAAGAACGAAUUACUCAUUUAUAUAUUUUUAUAAUAUAUUCUGAUGUUUUUGAACAAGUGACAACGACUAUAUCUCGACUUUCUUCAAUAUUCAAACGUCUUAAACAUCUUUAUAUAAAUAUACCUAUGAGUGAUAAGAGUUUCGAAUCAGUAAUCUUAUCUAUAUUCAAUCAAUUAACUCAAUGGUCUUCUCUUAUAUCAUUGGAAAUAUAUGGUUUGUCAGAAAAAUUUCAAGAUAGUAUUCGUCAAUGGCUUCGUAACCAUUCACCAUUCAAUGAUUCAGAUUCAUUUAUAAGUGAAUAUCCUAAACGAACAUUUAAAUUAUGGCUUUGA